AUGGACAUCCUUUUCCAGUUGCUGUUCUCGCCUCUCCCGACCCCGGCCAUCAUCUCGCUGCUGGCGUUGGCGGCUGCGACCCUGUUUUACCUCAACACACGGCCCAGCCCCAUCCGGUCCCCCGUCGACCUCAACUGUCAAUCUCUGGGCAUCAAGGAUGGAGCGAGGAAGACUGCAUUGCUUGAAGAUAACAACAACCUGAUAUCGUAUUACUACAAUGACGCCAAGACCCUGUAUGAGGUUUUUCAGAGGGGUCUGAAAGUUUCAGGUAAUGGACCAUGUUUGGGCUACAGAAAACCAGGAAGGCCGUACCAGUGGCUCAAGUACAGACAGGUGUCCGACAGAGCGGAGCACCUGGGCUCAGGGCUUAUCCAUAAGGGCUUGAAGCCGGGUCCGGACACUUUUAUCGGCAUCUUUGCUCAGAAUAGACCUGAGUGGAUUAUUUGUGAACUGGCUUGUUACACCUACUCCAUGGUCGCGGUUCCCCUGUACGACACCCUGGGUCCUGAGGCUCUGGUGUUCAUUAUCGACCAAGCGUCGAUCUCCACGGUGCUUUGUGACAAUCAGAGCAAAGCAGAAACCCUGCUGCAGAACCGGGAGAAAGGCCUGACUCCAGUUCUCAAAACUGUCGUCAUCAUGGACCCUUUCAAGUCUGAGCUGGUCGAGAGAGGAACCCAGUGUGGGGUGGAUAUCCUGUCCAUGCAGGAUGUGGAGGUUCUGGGGAAAAAUAAUCUUCAAAAUCCAGCUCCUCCAAAGCCAGAGGACCUCAGUAUUGUUUGCUUCACCAGUGGCACUACAGGGAAUCCGAAGGGUGCGAUGUUGACGCAUGAGAAUGUGGUUGCUAACGCUGCAGGUGUCCUCAAAGGCUUUGAGACGGCAAUCGUUCCGAGCACCCAGGAUGUCAGCAUUUCAUUCCUGCCUUUAGCACACAUGUUCGAGAGAGUCGUACAGACAGUGAUGUACAGUGUCGGGGCAAGGGUGGGAUUCUUCCAGGGUGACAUCAGACUGCUGCCAGAUGACAUGAAAACCCUGCAGCCCACCAUUUUCCCAGUAGUCCCUCGACUUCUCAACCGCGUCUAUGACAGAGUGCAGAGCGGAGCCAAAACGCCUUUCAAGAAGUGGCUGCUGAACUUCGCUGUGGACAGGAAAUACGCCGAAGUGAGGGAGGGCAUCAUCAGGAACAACAGCAUAUGGGACAAACUCAUCUUCCACAAAGUGCAGGAGUCUCUGGGGGGACGAGUGCGGGUGAUGGUGACGGGAGCAGCGCCCAUAUCUCCUUCUGUUCUCAACUUCCUCAGGGCUGCUCUGGGUUGCCAGCUCUUUGAGGCAUACGGCCAGACAGAGUGCACAGCCGGCUGCAGCUUCAGCAUUCCGGGAGAUGCCACCUCGGGGCAUGUUGGAGUGCCGCUGCCUUGUAAUAUUGUGAAGUUGGUGGAUGUUGAAGAGAUGAAGUACUUUUCUUCAAACGGCGAAGGGGAGGUCUGUAUCAAGGGCAGCAAUGUGUUCAAGGGGUACUUGAAGGACCCAGAGAAGACUGCAGAGGCCUUGGAUAAAGACGGUUGGCUCCACACCGGCGACAUCGGAAAAUGGCUUCCAAGUGGAGUUCUGAAGAUUAUUGACCGGAAGAAGAACAUCUUCAAGCUGGCUCAAGGCGAGUACAUCGCACCAGAGAAGAUUGAGAACGUGUAUGUACGCAGUGGACCUGUGGCCCAAGUAUUCGUACAUGGAGACAGUCUACAGUCCUGCCUGGUUGCCAUUGUGGUCCCUGACCCAGAUGUCCUGCCAGAUUUUGCAAAGGAUCUGGGGUGCCAAGGCUCCAUUGAAGAACUCUGCAAAAACACUGAAAUUAAGAAAGCUGUUCUGUCUGACAUGACCAAACUGGGCAAAGAAGCAGGACUCAAGUCCUUUGAGCAGGUGAAAGAUAUCCACCUCCACCCAGAGCUGUUCUCCAUCGAGAAUGGCCUCUUAACUCCAACCCUCAAGGCCAAGAGGGCCGAGCUCAAAACCCUCUUCCAAACCCAGAUCGACAAACUGUACGCUAACAUCAAAUAA